AUGAUUCAAGGACGAUGGAGGUUGGCUCUCAUGAAUAUAAGGACACGACCAGGGGCAGACUUCGGAAGCAAUCAUCAACUGCUGUGUGCAACGAUUAAGAUCCGGAUGAGGUCAUGGCGAAAGCAGACGAAAACAUUUCGGUACGACGUCACAAAGAUUCCGGAGGCUUUCAGUGUCGAGAUGCAGAAUAGAUUUCUACCGCUUCUCCAAUCAGACGAUAACGGAGAGUGGAGAUCAGACACUCUUUGGGAGCAAAUGGAUAACAUCACAAAGGAAGUUGCAGAGACGAAUAUUCCCAGAAGACGAACUCUGAAGAGGCCGUGGCUAUCAGACGACACACUAGACAUCGCUAGAAGAAGAAGGAGAAAAGCAAAAGCAAGUGGAAACCAUCAGGAAUGGAGAGAACUUGACAAGCAGUACAACAGACAGGCACUAGAGGACAAGAGGAACCAUCAGGAAGAGAUAUGUUUGGAGGCGGAAGAUGCGUCACAGAAAGGUAACAUCAAGUCUGUUUUUCGUUUGGUGAAGGAAUUGAGCAGAAAGGGGAAGUGGACUCCACGUAGUGACGUCAUCAACGAUAAAGAAGGUAACAUCCUGACAGAGGAAGAGGACAUCAAAGCUAGGUGGAGGGAAUACAGCACCGAUUUGUACAGAAGGAGGCAGGAAGACUGUGUCAAGAUUUGGAACGACGUGGAGUGGUUGAUCGACUGGUGUCGUGCAGUCUUCGUACCAAUACCAAAGAAAGGCAACCCACGCGAGUGCUCUAACCACCGAACCAUCAGUCUUAUUGUCCACGCAAGCAAGAUCCUGCUGCGAAUCAUCGUAGGUAGACUGCAGCGGAAAUAUGGCAGUGUCAUCGCUGAGGAACAAGCCGGUUUCGUCAAGGGGAGAGGAACAGGGGAACAGAUAGUCAAUAUCAGAAUGAUGAUCGAGAAGUUUAAGGAAUGUAACAUCCCACUUUACGUGUGUUUCAUCGACUAUUCUAAGGCCCUCGACUGUGUGAGACACAGCAAGCUGUGGGACGUCACGAAGGAUAUGGGAUUUCCUGAACACUUAGUCGCACUGUUGGCGCGACUAUAUCAAGAUCAACAGUCAUCUGUCAGGACGUCCGUCGGUGACACUGAGAAAACAUCAUAA